UGAAUAUUUUCCUUGCACAGAUGAACAGGAAGGACGAAAGCGACUAAACACGAGGCAUGCGGUUUGUUCUCUUGCACAUGGUCGUGAACUAGUGUAGGAACACAUAGAAACAUCCGUUCAUGCAUCACUGUGAGUCGACGGAAGCAAUAGAGUAUUCCGUCCGUGCCAACUUCAAGUGUCUCCGUAUACUAUCCAAGUUUACCUACGGUUGAGUCACAUUCAGUGGACAGCCAUAUUCAUGCGACGAGAGGCGCCAGAUUUCCGGCUUAUAAUCGACUGGUACGCAUGUCUUGAUCCUCAGUCUCUGUUCCCUCGCAUCAUAUCAAAGCCCUGCCGACUCGAUUCUGAACUUCACGUCCAAUAUGCCACCCAUUGCCAACCCACAACUUCCCGAUUACGUCCACCCUAGCGAACAUUCUUCUAGACAGAAGUACUUGCAGCACACGGUCGAUACGCUGGUGUAUUUCUAUGUCCGAUCCCACGUAUACGUUGAGAUGUUAGCUGUUCUUGCCCGUGACGAGAAACAACAACAAGAUGCAUACAAUAGUGCCCAGGUUCGGUGGAAAGGAGAUCCAAUGGUUGCUAGUGGUGUUUUCCCGCAGACCCCAGGUGGCCGUCAACAGUAUCUCAUGAAAUGUUACCAGAUGAGCACAGCCAAUGUUAAGACCGCCAGCGAGGCUACCCUCUGUUCAAUUUACAGCCACGCUGCUGCUCAGUUGCUGGUUGCUGAGCUCAAUGUCUUUGCCCCGAACGACAUGAAAGCAUUUACUUAUGUGGUGGUAUCUUCUCGUGAUAAGGCUAUGAAGGCAUUAGGCAUUUUUGAGGCAUUCCAUAAAUCUAGUCAAAAGGGGAUAGCAGGAGAGAUUCUCAGUAAGAUUUUUGACCGCAUCGGCGACACCAUAACAUAUCAGUACGAUCGCGCUGGGCAUACGGCGACGGCCACCAUUCUCAAUGGUGGAGUUGACGUGAUGGGCGAGGCAUGGUUCUUUGUUGAGGAGAAUAUCAACAAUCGCAAGACCGAAAGGUAUGUGAGCGAUGAGGAAAUGGAAGCUUUGUUAAAGACAGAAAUUCGCAAGUGAUCCUGAGGUUUUUGCCUUAUGUCGAUUUCCACUCCAGUUUCUUCUAUGUCUGGUCUUCACUCAAUUCUACGUUUUCUGGAUUUGUCUUGAAAGAUCCAUGUACUGCUAGCUACUGUAUUACUACGGGCCAAUUACUAUUCCAGGUGUAGUGUGCUGGAGGCUGGAUGUGCUAUGAGCCUAUUGUUGUCGGUACUUAUGACAUCUCAUAACCGAGAAUUGCAACAGUCAGAUAUUAUUCAGAA